UUCGUAAUUCUCAAAAAACCAAGCAGCAUAGUAAUAAACCAACAAAAGUGUCAAAAAAGAUAAAAGUUGAUAUUGAUUCAACUCAGAAUAUAAAAAAUGACUUAGAGAUACAAGAAAAGCAAUUGGCUAUAAAAGAGCGAGAAUUGGAAUUGGAAGAGCGUAAAGUUCAUUUAGAACGUGAAAAGCUUGAAAUAAUUAAAUUAAAAAAAGAAUUGGGAUGCGAAUAA